AUGCCAAAACAAAGUCCAUGUCCCCAAGAAAAGGCCUUACCACUAGACCCCAUCUCAGAAUGGCGCGUCUGGCAAGCCCUGACAGUCUGGUUCACGAUGGAGCUAAACCGGCAAAUCCGGCGCCGCUGGCAACUCGAGCAACAAACCAUGCAAGGUCGACCCGUCGCGCAACGCUUCCGACCCGUGAUAUUCCUCGAACCAGUCCCCUCACUGCGCAAACCACAGCUGUCAUCAUCGGCCACAAAAAACAGCGCCCGGCUCGAAAAACUCAAAGCAAAAGCCCGUCUCCUCCGCGCACGCGUGGAAAAGGGCAAAGAGCUCGCCUCGGAGAUCGAGCGCCGUAUCCUGGAUCCGCGAAUUCUGUUCCCUACGCAUUUCUGUCAUACAUGCGUGCAGGGUGACGAGGAGGCCGAGGUGUUGCUCACUAAGUGCGGACAUAGGUAUUUGCUGUGCGCCGGCGCAGUUAGUGACUCGUUCGCCGCUUUCGGUGCGAAGGUCGUGCAGUGA